CUCUUUAUGGUUGUUUUUGCGUUUCUUUGUCUUCAUGUUUUGUCUCUUUGUGGUUUUGUAUUUCUUUGUGGUCAUUUUUUGUCUCUUUGUAGUUGGUCUGUGUCUCUGUUUACAAUUAGUAUGUCUCUGUAGUGUCUUUAUUGUCUCUUGGUGUUUUUUUUGUGUCCAGAGCUACCAAAAGCAGUGUCCAUUAGAUGCAGAAUUCAUCAGAGAACUCUUUUUUGUUUUAAUCUUCUCAUUUUCUUCUUGUAAAAAUAUCUUUCAUGUGUCACUGAAACCCACCAGUAAAACUUCCAUGCAGCCUGAUAAUCUGAUGAAGAGCAAUAAGGAAGACUCAUCAGUUACUCAUUAACUCCAACAGACUUUACACCUGUUUUACAACAACACACAGAAGACGAUUCAGUCGGGUCCUUGCGUAUUUACUGAAGGUGAGACGAUAUCUACCUUAGUUCUUACAUUCAAAUGAACUGUUUGGGACACUGCUAUAAUUCUACAUGCUUGUUUUCCACAGACUGCAGGUGUUAGUUUAGUACGAGGCUUUAAGAUGAGCAUAUCUUCAGAAGAUGACAACGAGAUCUCCUUUCGAGUAAAGUUUCUUGGCCGAGUGGAGGUGGUUCGUCCAGAUGGACUACAGAUCCUUCAGGAAGCAGCUCAGAGCCUCAAGACUCCAGAUGCUUACUCCUCAGAAAAGGCGGCAAAGAGGAGCAAAGUCCAUCUCUUCCUGUCUCCCAGCAGCAUAGACAUUCUGGAAAACAAAACCAAGUUCCUGCUGUACCCCUGCCCUCUGUCCACCGUCUCCUUCUGCGCCGUCCUGCCAUCUUCACCCAAAGUCUUCGGCUUCGUGGCCAAACAUCCGGCAGCUGACACCUACCACUGCUAUCUGUUCCAGAGCAAGAAGUUUUCCCAUGUGCUGGUCUCGGUAAUCGGAGAUGCCUUCAGAGCUUCACAGAAGACGGAGGACACCAGAGGAGGACGGGACCUGAUAGUGGAGGCGCUCAGACACAAGAAUAAAAUGCUGCAGAGAGAAAACUCUGAGCUGAAGAGACGACUUUCAGGAAUAAGUGGCCACACGUGUUAACGUACGCAGCACAACUUACAGAUGCACACAGCCAAUGAUGUUUUUCCCUUCAAAGAAACCUCAUGAAGAACAACGAAAGAUAAGAGGGAGUGAGAAACGGAAGAUGGAAGAGCAUAAAUCAGAGCUGGAAUAAACAUUCUGUUAUUACUUCAUUUAUUGGUGUAAAAUUACAGUGGAAAUAAUGAAUGAAAUAGUUCUGGAUAUAUUCCAUAACAUUCUUAACAUAUAUGUUAAGUAAAAUAAUAUCAUACACUGAAAAAAUACUGGGUUUUUAUUUUACUGUUUGUAAAAGUCUAAUCUGUUUAAUAAAGUCAUCAUAUUUUUUGUCACGUAAA